GGGAAAGGGCAUUUCAGAAGAAGAAGCUUUGAAACCAUUAGUUGUAAAAAUGGUUCCAAAACUUCCACAACAAAAUAAUGGUGGAGAUUGUGGAAUCUAUGUAAUUAAGUAUGCCCAGUACUUCAUUAAUGGAAUGCUAAAUGAGAUGCCAAAGUCUUUUAAUGUUCCACAUCUUAGAAGAAAUUUGGCAGCUCAACUAUAUGCUUAUGGAAAGAAGAAGCAAGAAGAGGAAUAUGAUACAGACAAUGAAUGGGUGUCAAAGGAAAUGGAGUAGCUAUAUCCUGAUGUGAUAGAGAAGUAGGUGAUCCUGAUGUGAUAGAGAAGUAGGUGAUUUUGAGGAAGUGAAGAAACAUGUCUUGUUUUGGUAAUGACGUGCCUUCAUUUGUAAUGACUGAUUUGAUUUGGCUGGUAGUUUAGUUUUGAUGCUUUG